AUGGGAUCCCUCGGACAUGAAGAGGGUUUUCGCCCGACGUACAAUGUUCCUAAGACACUACCUUCACUAAGUGCCGGAGAGCCAUCGACAGCAGCAGCUCCUCUUGAUCAAAAUGCGAACGUACCAUUCAGGACAAAGUUUAUGCGAUUUUUCUACAACAAGCAAACUGGACAAAUUCUUGGGAGAACCUGUAAGAGCUGGGUCUGCAUCCUCGCGUAUUCAAUCAUUUAUCUUCUAUUCCUGAUCACCUUUACACUCAUAGUUCUAUAUUCUUCCUUAGAAAUACUUAAAGUUCUGAUCGACUUUAAAAACAUUGACAAAUUUUCAUCAUUCUCAUAUUCAGAACCAAUUGUAGGGCUGACAGCAGCUCCAACAUCUGAACAUAAUUCGCCAUUGAUUUGGUACAAAAACGGAGAAAGUAAUGGCUAUAAGAAGUAUGUUGAAGCACUUGACAAAUUACUUUCAAAAAAUAGAAGGAAGAGAGAAAUAAGUAAUCUGGGGCCAUGUGGAGAACGCCCUUACGGUUAUGGAGAAGAGCCAUGUGUUAUCAUAAGAAUAAAUAGGCGUUUGAACUGGGCAGGUCACCCUUUACAGUUUAAUUCUACGAUAACGAAGAGUGCGCCGGCGGACGUCCAAGCUUGGAUGAAGGCUGAUAGGACAAAGUUGUGGUUGCAAUGUGAAGGCUACCACUCUUAUGAUAAGGAACAUAUUGGGAAAAUAAAAUACUACCCAGAUCCACCCGGUAUUGAUGCAAAUGUUUUCCCUCUGCGCAAAGACGAGAAAUCUCCUUUGGUCGCUAUUCAGAUAUCCAAGUUUACAAUUGGAAUUUCGUUGGCUAUACAGUGUGCGUUGUGGUACGACGCUGGUCCAUCAACGAUUGGAUUUGUACUUUAUGUGGCUCCAGGAGAAAGAAAAGUGUAUAGUUUAAAAGAAUAA